AUGGCCCGGACAACGGGACCGGCGCGGCGCAAACCGCGGCGGCGGGAGAUCCUAAUCGUCUCUCUCCAAACCAAAAACCCUACGUCCGCCGCUGACGAAGCAUGUGGACUACUCGAGCGAAGACAGACGCGCAGCCAGACGCGCAGCCGCCGCUUGGCCGCCGCUGCCACCCGCUAUCUCCCGGAGGAGAUCCUCGCGUGGGAGAUCAUGGUCCGCCUUCCGGCCAAGGAUAUUGUCCGUUGCCGUGCGGUCUGCCGCUCAUGGCGCGGCCUCACCUCUGCCCCGGAUUUCCUCCUCGCUCACCAUCGAGCCCAGCCAUCCCUCCCUCUUUUCACGUUCUACGACAAAGCCCCGCCAACGUUCAAGCGAGGCCGGGCCCUCCUACGGUUCGAGGAUAAAGAAACUUUCAAGCUGCUUGCCUCCUGCGAUGGCCUUCUCCUGCUCUCCCUCUCCCAAGGCCGCUUCAUCUGCAACCCGGUCACGCAUCAAUGCACUCUACUCCCGCGCCUCGCCACCACAGGCCGCGUAAAAAUCCUGGCGCUUUACCUGCACCUCCCAUCUGGCGAUUACCGCAUCCUAUACCGGAAGGAGGAGAAACACCUGGAUCUCAAAGUUGCCUACUACAUCCUUGCUGUGUCGCGGGGGAGCUCAUCGAGGUGCAUCGGAGUUCCUUUAGAUACCAAGAAACUUACGCUACCCUGGCAUGAAAUGACUUGUACUAGUAUGGUUCCACCUGUCAUGCUCCGUUGCUGCCUUCAUUGGAAUUCCAGACAUCUUUGCAACGACGCCGACAUAGUCAUUUUUGACACGGUGGUUGAAUCAUUCAGGUCCAUGUGCGGUCCGCCUGAUGCCAAAAAAUUAUGCGCUCGCCUGUGCAACAUGCAAGAUUCGAUGGGUUUCAGCUGCUUUGACAACGGGAGAACAGUUAUCAAAAUCUGGGUGCUGGAGGACUAUGAGAGGGAGGUCUGGUCAUUUAAGUACCAUAUUAAGUUUCCAGUUGAGAGCUUGUAUAGCCUUGAAGAUACAAAACAUUUGGUUUUAUCCAACAAAGGAGAUGUAUUGGUCUACAAUUGCUACCAAGGCUACAUGUUCCACUGUGACAGCGGAGGCAAGCUGGGAAACUACCUUUUUUCAAAAGGUCUAAGGUACGUCGACAUACCUGAUCCUGGCUGA